CCUCCCAGCAGCUCUGACCCACUGUCAGAAGAACAGGAAGACUCCUCUGCCGCUAAAGCCGUAGUCGCUCGCUUCCCCCUGUCAUUUAGGGGUUAAAAGUUAAAUAAACUUGUAGCAGUCAUGGAAACUAAUUUAGAAAACAAGUCGGGCCAAUUCAUCCGUAAUACCAUCUCGUCACCCGUGUUGUAGUCGCUGAAACAACUGGUGGAAGUGGGAAGAGCGGAGUCUUUUUUCUUUCCACGGGGCUUUACCUACUGUUGUCAGAAGAGCUAGCGUAGCUGAAGCUAACAGUUAGCUCACUUAUUACCGCAUACUUUCGAGACUCAAAGUUCACUUUGUUUAACGUAUCGGUUCGUGUCACACGUGGAUACUAUAAGUCGUUUUUUGUAUUUUAUUAACGCAACAGGAAGUUUUCGUACUUUUCCUUCCGAGGGCUUGGGCUGUGCUUUGAAUUUCCCUCCUUCAGUGAUACAGAGAGGCGGCUUAGCGAGGGGCUCGUUUGGUGUAGUUGGCUCUCUACCAAAUCAUUAGCAGCAUUGUGCUAAUUGUGGCUAAGUUAGCCAGGCACUAGCUUAGGCCCAAGGGAAUCAACAGUUGGCUUUUAAAAAAAGUUUUGAAACAACUUCUGAGGAUACGUUUGCUAUUUUUUUUACGAUUGAGUUCGGGGAGAUUACCGCCACAAGGGUUUAUUCUGUCUCCCAACUCAAGGAAACUGAUUCAAUUAUCAGUAUGGAUCCAAACACGGGGAACUCUGCUUCAGCGGCUGGUCCCAAGAAGGACAAGAAAGCAAAGAAGAGCUACGAGGAUGGAGAUGGGAAAAAGAAAUUUAAACUCAAACGCCUGAUUCCUGACGAGUUGGAGCGUUUCACCAGCAUGAGGAUGAAGAAGGACAAGGAGAAGCCCGGCCCGGUCCCAAGUCAGCGGCACUCUUCAGCGGCUAACUACGAGAUCAACGCUCAGAGUCCCAUGCUGCACGAUCUUUCAGAUGAAUCUGUCCUGGACCUGUUCGAACAGAUGCUGGUGGAUAUGAACCUGAAUGGGGAGAAGCAGCAGCCUCUCAGGGCAAAAGACAUUAUGAUCAAACGAGAGAUGGUCUCCCAGUACCUCCACACGUCUAAAGCGGGUCAAAGCCAGAAGGAGAGCACCAAAUCAGCCAUGAUGUACAUCCAGGAGUUAAAGUCAGACUACAGAGACGUACAGCUGCUGAGCUGUCUGGAAUCUCUGCGAGUCUCACUCAACAACAACCCUGUCAGUUGGGUGCAGAACUUCGGAGAUGAGGGGCUGGCCCUGCUGCUGAAUCUGCUUAGAAAACUACAGGACGACAAAGAAGAGUGCUCACAUAUCGGAGUGAAAUGUCAACACGAGAUCAUCCGCUGUCUAAAAGCCUUCAUGAACAACAAGUGCGGCCUAAAAUCCAUGCUGGAUUCAGCGGAAGGGAUUCCUCUGCUGGUCAAAGCCAUCAACCCCCGGGUGUCUCACAUGAUGGUGGACGCUGUCAAGCUGCUUUCUGCCAUCUCCAUAAUGGAACAUCCUGAGAACCUUCAUGAGCGUGUUUUGGAGGCCAUCACAGAGGAGGCGGAGAGACAGGACAUCGAAAGGUUCCAGCCUCUCCUUUCUGGCAUGAGAAAUCACAACAUCGCUCUAAAGGGUGGCUGCAUGCAGCUAAUCAACGCCUUGAUAAGCCGCGGAGAAGAGCUGGACUUCAGGAUCCAUAUUCGCUCUGAACUGCUGAGAUUGGGACUCCGAGAGCUGCUGACGGAGGUGCGGAAGAUAGAAAACGAAGAGCUGAGGGUGCAACUCACCGUGUUUGAUGAGCAGGCUGAAGAUGACUCUGAGGACCUCAAAGCGCGUCUUGAUGACAUCCGCAUUGAGAUGGAUGAUGUGAGGGAAGUGUUUGAGAUCCUAGUCAACACAGUGAAGGACUCCAAGGGAGAAACCCACUUCCUGUCCAUGAUGCAGCACCUGCUGCUAGUCCGUAAUGACUACUUGGCCAGGCCUCAGUACUACAAGUUGAUAGACGAGUGUAUUGCUCAGGUUGUGCUUCACAGAAAUGGAGCGGACCCGGACUUCAAGUGCCGUAGCAUCGGCUUCAACAUCGAAGGCUUGAUAGACAACAUGGUGGACCAAACCAAGGUAGAAACAAGCGAGGCCAAGGCAUCUGAGCUGGAAAAGAAGCUGGAUGCAGAGCUGACAUCACGCCACGAGUUGCAGGUGGAGCUGACGAAACUGGAGGGCGACUAUGAGCAGAAGCUGCAGGACUUGAGCCAAGAGAAGGAACAGCUGGCCAAUUCGAAGCUGGACCGAGAAAUGGAGAACCAGGGACUGCAACUACAGCUAGGCACUCUGCAACAGCAGAUUGAAAAGCUGUCUAAAGAUCUGGAAGAGGCGAAGACGAGAGUUGUCACAGUUACUGUUCCCGUGCCAACACCAGGUUUGCCGCCUCCACCUCCCGCCCCUCCUCUCCCAGGCCAGAAUGCAGGUAUGCCCCAUCCACCUCCUCCCCCACCCCUACCUGGCCAGACAGGCAUGCCUGGUCCCCCUCCCCCUCCUCCUUUACCGGGUCAAGCGUGUAUUGGCAUACCAAGACCCCCACCCCUCCCUGAGGGUCAGUGUUUCGAGUACAAGUGGAGGACCGGACCCUGGAAGGCUGCCUCUCGCCUCGUCUGGUGCCAGCGCUCAGACGGACUCAACGUCACAGUCCCGGGCAUGGGAGGACCACCACCCCCUCCACCCUUACCUGGGAUGGGACCUCCACCACCACCACCUCCGCCAGGGUUUCCUGGUGCCCCCCCUCCACCGCCAGGCCCAGGCAUGCCUCCCCCUCCACCGUUUGGCAUGGGGGGCUGGGGGGCCCCCGCACCACCCUCACUGCCUUUUGGACUGGAGCCUAAGAAGGAGUACAAGCCUGAGGUCCAACUGAAGAGAGCCAACUGGAGCAAGAUCGGGUCUGAGGACCUCUCUGAGAAGAGUUUCUGGAUCAAGGCAAAAGAGAAUGCAUUUGAAAGCAACGAGCUCUUUGCCAAACUCACCUUGGCCUUCUCCUCACAGACAAAGCCCACUAAAGCCAAAAAGGAGCAAGAUGGCGGGGAUGAGAAGAAAACGACGCACAAGAAGAAGGUGAAGGAGCUGAAGAUUCUUGACUCCAAGACCUCGCAGAACCUUUCCAUUUUCCUGGGUUCGUUCCGUCUUCCUUAUGUGGAAAUGAAAAACGCCAUCUUUGAGGUUAAUGAGAAGGUCAUCACAGAGUCCAUGCUUCAGAACCUGAUCAAACUGCUGCCAGAAGCAGAGCAGCUGAAGGUCCUGGGAGAAAUGAAGGAUGAAUACGACGACCUGGCUGAGUCCGAGCAGUUUGGAGUAGUGAUGUCCGGCAUAAAGCGGCUGAUGCCACGGCUUCAGGCCAUCCUGUUCAGGCUGCAGUUCGAGGAGCAGAUGAACAACAUCAAGCCAGAUGUGGUGUCUGUGACAGCGGCCUGCGAGGAGCUGAGUAAGAGCCAGUCCUUCACCAAGCUGCUGGAGAUCAUCCUCCUCGUAGGGAACUACAUGAACGCUGGCUCCCGCAAUGGGAAGGCAUUUGGCUUCUCCAUAUCAUACCUGUGCAAGCUUCGUGACACCAAAACAGCUGAUCUGAAGCAGACACUGCUCCAUUUCCUGGCUGACGUGUGCCAGGAGCAUUACCCAGAGAUCAUGGGCUUUGCAGACGAGCUCGUCCAUGUGGAAAAGGCCAGUAGAGUUUCGGCAGAGACACUCCAGAAGAACCUUGAGCUAAUGGGCCGUCAGAUCAAGACACUGGAAAAAGACCUGGAAACCUUCCCUCCUCCACAAAAUGACAAGGACCUGUUUGUGGAGAAGAUGGCAAUCUUUGUGAGCUCUGCCCAUGAGCAGCAUGAGAAGCUGGAUCUGCUGCACAAGAAUAUGGAGAAGCAAUACAGCGACCUGGGACAGUACUUUGUCUUUGACCCCAGAAAAAUCUCAGUGGAGGAAUUCUUUGGAGACCUCAACACCUUUAAAAACAUGUUCCAGCAAGCAGUGAAGGAGAAUCAGAAGAGGAAGGAGGCUGAAGAGAAGAUCAAGAGGGCCAAACUGGCCAGGGAGAAAGCAGAGAAGGAGAAGGAGGAGAAACUCAAGAAGAACCAGCAUCUCGACAUCAACACAGACGGGGAUGAAACUGGUAUCAUGGAUGGUCUGCUGGAAGCGCUGCAGUCGGGCGCUGCCUUCAGGAGAAAGAGAGGACCACGGCAAGCAGCCAACCACCGACGAGCUGGUCAUGCAGUGACCAGCAUCCUGGCCAAAGAGCUGAUGCAAGAAGACACGCCUCCAUCCAGCCAAGCAAAGAAGAAAAAGUCAGAGGAGAAGGAAAAGCCCAAACUAGAAGGAGCGGAGUCAUUAGAGGAGUUACUGGAGGUGACUCUCUCUCGGUCCAAUUAGGCCCCCACCACAGAAAGAUUUGACUAAGUCAUUCUUAUCCAAAUGCAGAUGUAUUUCCUAGCCAUUCCAGGGGCCAAUAUAAAUCUGAGAAAAAAAGCCCUGUGUUUUCUCCAUGUCUAAUCAGGCCCCUCUUUAAGGGUAGCAUUGACUGUGUCUUCUGGGAGGACAGGGAGUGGCAGAGGAUGAGUGCGGGGCUCUCACCUCAGCCACGACCCCCUGGAUGUCCCUCAUCAACCUUUGGACCUUUGCCAUCGUCAUAAACAUGUUAUUGCUUUCUUCAGCAUGUGCACAUAUCUAUUGUUGUUUGUUUCACUUGAUUCACCUGUUAUUCAUCAAAGGGCAUCUUAGGCCAUUCCAAAGACUGACUCAUAAGGGCUCCUUCCUUUUUUUGUGGUUAUUUUCUGCAACCCACAUGUAGACUGGGAAUGUCUGGAAUUUGGCAUCCUGCAGCGUUUCCUGUGGACGUUCCAGGCCAAGACCACUUUGCGCUUUUUCACAUAUUUUUUAAACCUAUGAAACAUAUCACUUUGUAUUUGUCUCAUAUACUGUAUGUUACUGUUUGUUAAUGUUAAUCAAUUUGCUGUGUUAUUGAAAAAAAAGUGCCAACCAAUAGACAUCCAGUCUUGUCAUUUCACUCCCAGGUAUCGUCCAAUCACAGAUUGUACUCGCGGCUGUGUGGACUCAAACAGCAGUCCUCUCCUGGGUGGAUCACUGUAUUGUUGUAAUGAGGGAGAAGCGAUUGUGUUCACUGGUUAGCACGCUUUAGUUAGAUUUCACAUAAAAUAUAUAAAUUUACACAAUUUACACAAAUGUGUCUAAGCUACCACACAUGCCCACAACAGUUAUAUGAAGAAACUGCUUAUAUACAUUAUCUUGAACAUUCCUAUAAACCGCAGAGAGAAAAUGUAGAUUGGCGGAGAACGUUCUACCGUCAGUUAAACCAAAAGAAAACUCACUUUUUAAAGGGUGUUUCCAUACAAAAGCUAGCCUGAGCAGUUUACAUGCCUGUAUGUGUUUGAGAAUAAGUGUGUGAAGUAAGCCACCUAUAUUUAGUUUUAUGUGCACAUUCGACUUCAUACAUAUGUGUGUUAGUGCAUUUAGGUUUAAGUGUAUGCGUGUUUUGCCAUCUGUAAUUACUGAACAGUACCAACCAUGCCGUCAUAAAUCCUAGGUUUCAUAAACCCUCCUUGUGGUCUUUCUGCUGAGGAUAUAGCCCACUGGAAAAAUGCCCGAAAACUGCUGAGACAAGUAUGUGUGUGUUUGUGUUGUUCACCCACUCUCUCUCCCACUGAACUGCAACAGUAGUUGAUGAAUGUCUGGCCUUGCUCUUAUUUGCAUUCAGUAGCCAUCAGCAUACAUGUUGCCAUGAUGUUGUGGUGUAAUAUCUGACAGGAAUCCUGAGGUGAUGUCAGCUGCUCCAUGCAAUAUGUAUAACUAUGCAAACACAAUACUGUAGUGUGUGUGCUCCAGCUCUGAUACCCAGCAAGCCUCAGGAAUCUAGAAACUACCGGGUGGACUCCAGCGGUCUUUAUCAAGCCACUGAUUGAGAUCGGUGCUUAACUGUGCCCAAGGAAGGAGGGAAAUUAUUGUAUCUCAGAAAGUUCAGCAUUUCAGAAAUAAAAUAAUCUACACCAGCAACACCAGCUUUUAUAUAUCUUCUAUUACAAUUGGAAUAUCUUUGGGCAUGGAGGAACUGGCACUUAACAUACAAAUAAAUGAGGUUCUUCAAGUACAGUAUAGGUGUAGAGAUCCUUAUUCAAGUGCUAGAGCUGCGUUUCAAUCCAGUAACGCUGAGAAAAGACAAGUUGCUGAGCCUCCUCUGAAGCACGGGAUAAACUGGAGGCUGCUGCGUUUCAUUCUGCUCGUCUCUGCAGGUGGACAGUGCCGGGCGGUUGGGUCCCAGAUAUUGAAAGUUUUAAUAAGCACCAUAAUGGAGAGAAAGAUUAAAAUGAGAAUAGGAAAUAAUCACUGGAAUUGUUGUUUUCUAAUCUGAUCAUUCCUAUUGUUUAUUAAUUUUUUUAAGAGAUUUUUUUCUAUGUGAUUUUUACAGUUGAUUAUUCUAAUGUAUUUGAAUGGAGACACCAUUUUUUUUUUUGCUCUGUAUACAGAAUAAUGCACAUAGUCAUUCUGUUUGCUACCCAGGACUAUUAAAAAUGUCUUAAGUAAAUA